UUCGUUUUUGCUAUGAGCAAUAAACCCCAAAGUUCUAAUUGGGUUUACAAAAUUUCAAUGGCAUGUUUUGCUAUUAUUAUGGGUUAUACUUUGUUUGCUGGUUCUUGGCUUACAAUUAAUGGUUUCAUAUAUGAGAUAAUUCCAAGCUUUAAACUUUCCGGAAUUCAAGCUAUUUUUUAUCAUUCUAAUCUUUGGGCCAUUGUUCUUCCUUUGGCCUCCACAUAUAUUAUGUAUAUUUUUACAAGUCUCAUAAUGCUUGAUUUUGUGCACAUGAUUCUAUGUAUCGUGCAACAUGUUUUUCUGAUUCCAUUUUACGUGAAUGUCCUAAAUAUUUAUGCUUUCUGCAAUGUUCAUGAUAUAAGUUGGGGAACCAAGGAUGCAAAUGAAGUUGAUCUAGUUGAUAUAUUAAAUGAGAUUGUUAUAUCGGAUGAAAAAAAUCCUAAAGUCUCUUUCUCUGGGCAAAAAAAUACAAAUAAAGAUGAAGAUAAGGGAAUUAACCAUGCAAAAAUGAUUGAAGAAUCUCGAAAAGUAUUUCGAGCAUGUUUUGUACUUUUAUGGCUUUUUUCUAAUGCUCUAUUAGUAUUUUGCGUAAUCUCUUAUGUUGGUACAACUUUAGAAACACAUUUUUCUCAAACUUCAAGAACUGUCAUAUAUAUAGCAAUAAUUCUUUGGUCUGUUACUGCAUUAUCCGCCUUAAGAUUUUUUGAUAUUAAUGUAAUUAAUAAAUUGGCCACUAUGAAUGAAUAUCAACAUUGUGUAUUAUCUUCUAGUACGAUAUCUUCUAUUAGGGAUUUUAAAAUUGUUCAAUAG